CCGGAAGUGGCGCUUCGCAUUUGGCAUGCGCAUACAUAGGGAGAAAAGCACCAGUGUUUAACCGACGGCGUUAAAUUGUAAACAUUAGCAAGCUGGGCCACUUCUCCGUGCCGUUGGGAUGGAAAUCUAAGGUUAAACUCAAGGUGUGGGACCAAACAUUGUUCUUCAGUGCAUGGACGCAAAGCCAAUGCGCAGGGCCACCAGCGCACGCCAAGACGCCACUGGAAUGGACAUCACCAGCCGCUGUACUCUGGGGGACCCCAACAAGCUCCCUGAAGGGGUCCCCCAGCCCGCGCGCAUGCCCUACGUCUCGGACAAACACCCGCGGCAGACCCUGGAGGUGAUCAACCUGCUGAGAAAACACCGGGAGCUCUGCGACGUGGUGCUGGUGGUGGGCGCCAAGAAGAUUUACGCUCACCGCGUGAUCCUGUCCGCCUGCAGCCCCUACUUCAGGGCGAUGUUCACUGGAGAGCUGGCAGAGAGCAGGCAGACCGAAGUGGUAAUCCGCGACAUCGAUGAGCGAGCCAUGGAGCUGCUCAUUGACUUUGCCUACACUUCACAGGUGACUGUAGAGGAAGGAAACGUCCAGACGCUGCUCCCUGCCGCCUGCCUUCUCCAGCUGGCCGAGAUCCAGGAGGCCUGCUGCGAGUUCCUCAAGAGACAGCUGGAUCCCUCCAACUGUCUGGGCAUCAGGGCCUUCGCAGACACGCACUCCUGCCGCGAGCUGCUCCGCAUCGCAGACAAGUUCACCCAGCACAAUUUUCAGGAGGUAAUGGAAAGUGAAGAGUUCAUGCUGCUGCCUGCCAACCAGUUGAUAGACAUCAUUUCCAGCGAUGAGCUCAACGUGCGGAGCGAGGAGCAGGUUUUCAACGCCGUGAUGGCCUGGGUGAAAUACAGCAUCCAGGAACGCAGACCGCAGCUUCCCCAGGUCCUGCAGCACGUCCGUCUGCCGCUGCUCAGCCCAAAGUUCCUGGUGGGCACCGUUGGGUCAGACCCUCUCAUUAAGAGUGACGAGGAGUGCAGAGACCUGGUUGACGAGGCUAAGAAUUACCUGCUGCUGCCACAGGAGAGGCCAUUGAUGCAGGGCCCCAGAACCCGGCCCAGGAAACCCAUCCGCUGUGGAGAAGUGCUCUUUGCAGUCGGCGGCUGGUGCAGCGGUGACGCCAUUUCCAGCGUGGAGCGUUACGACCCACAGACCAACGAGUGGCGGAUGGUGGCGUCAAUGAGUAAACGGCGAUGCGGAGUCGGUGUCAGCGUUCUGGAUGACUUGCUGUACGCAGUGGGAGGUCAUGACGGCUCGUCGUACCUCAACUCGGUGGAAAGAUAUGAUCCUAAGACCAACCAGUGGAGCAGUGAUGUGGCCCCCACUAGCACUUGUCGGACCAGUGUGGGAGUGGCUGUCCUUGGUGGUUAUCUAUAUGCUGUAGGAGGACAGGAUGGGGUUUCCUGUCUCAACAUUGUAGAACGGUAUGAUCCUAAGGAGAACAAAUGGACCCGUGUGGCCUCCAUGAGCACCAGGCGACUGGGUGUAGCUGUGGCUGUGCUGGGGGGGUUCCUGUACGCUGUAGGAGGGUCUGAUGGGACGUCACCAUUAAAUACAGUGGAGCGCUACAACCCUCAAGAGAACCGCUGGCACACGGUGUCCCCCAUGGGAACCAGGAGGAAGCACCUUGGCUGCGCGGUCUACCAGGACAUGAUUUACUCUGUCGGAGGGAGGGACGACACCACGGAGCUGAGCAGUGCAGAGCGUUACAACCCCAGGACCAACCAGUGGUCUCCUGUAGUGGCCAUGACGUCCAGACGGAGCGGGGUGGGCCUGGCUGUGGUGAACGGUCAGCUGAUGGCAGUGGGGGGCUUCGAUGGGACGACGUAUCUUAAAACUAUAGAAGUCUACGACCCCGAUGCCAACACGUGGAGGUUGUACGGAGGAAUGAACUACCGCCGGCUAGGUGGAGGGGUGGGCGUCAUUAAAAUGACUCACUGUGAAUCCCACAUAUGGUAACAUCAACCCGCUCUCCCAACCCCACACACACGCUCCCACACACCCCUCAUCACGUUGCAAUGGAAGCCUCUUUUCACCGACUCUCGUGCCUCCAAAAGAGACGCUGUAAUUCACGCGAGGAUGAGAAAGACGUGGGGGGAGACGAGACGGAGACUUUGAACUCUAGUUCAUCCCCAACCCCCCCUCUGAGGUCAUUAUUAACUUUGGAAUAACCUGGCUGUCUUCAUUGGUCGACCGCUGUCACCAUGAAGUGCACUGAGAGCAGACAUCUACCAAGUACCAUUAAACUUCCAGUUUGGAGAGGACGGUCCUUCUCCUGCGACCUCUCCAUGUUUCCAUCCUCCAAGCCUUGCACUCUGGGACAUCUGAUUUGGCUGGAACUCAUCUUGGGGGAGAUUAGCUUACAUUUCUAAAGUGUUCAUCGUGUCACUGGAAGAGGAGACUGAAAGUCUGUCACCUUCCCGUGUUCUUAAAUGCUAGCCCCUAAAUCCUGGCUACUGACCACCGCCCUCGGCGAGUUAAAACAGCCAGCGGACCAGCGAACCUUCUGUUCAGUGUGUGAGACUGAUUAUUUCCUGGAGACAUUGCAUACUGUCUGUCAGAGGUAAAUCUCUCAUUCUUUUUCUACUCUGCUUUAGGCUUCAAGCAAACAUCUCGUCUUAUGUCUAAUGUCUCUAGGAUUUAUGUGUAGCAUAAAACAAGUCUACCUUUAGGCUGGACACCCAGAGAGGAAAAACAAUUAAUUUCAC